AUGAAGUUGGGAUUCGAAAUUCAACGAGCCUUGCUAGGCUUGCUAAACAAAGCGGCGGUCGACGGCGGCGCGUACGGCCACCUCAUCCAGCACUUUACUACCCGUCACCGACUUCCUCUCCACGCGCUUCAGCUUCAUGCGCGCAUUGUCGUCUUCUCCGUCACGCCUGACAACUUCCUCGCUUCCAAGCUCAUCAAUUUUUACACCAGGGAGAAUCGGUUCCGCCAAGCACUCCAUGUGUUCGACGAAAUUACCGUUCGGAAUGCUUUCUCUUACAAUGCACUUCUCAUCGCGUAUACUUCGCGUGAGAUGUAUUACGAUGCUUUUUCGUUGUUCUUGUCUUGGAAUGGCUCUUCCGGUGCCGCCAGACCAGAUUCUGUUAGUAUCUCUUGUGUGUUGAAGGCCCUGUCCGGUUAUGAUGGUUUUUUGUUUGGUUCACUGGCUCGACAAGUUCACGGGUUUGUUAUUCGAGGUGGGUUUGAUUCCGAUGUCUUCGUGGGCAAUGGGAUGAUCACGUACUAUACAAAGUGUGAUAACAUCGAGUCUGCGAGGAAAGUGUUUGAUGAAAUGUCUGAGAGAGAUGUUGUUUCGUGGAAUUCUAUGAUUUCCGGGUAUUCUCAAAGUGGGUCUUUUGAGGACUGUAAAGAGUUGUAUCAAAGGAUGUUACGUUGCCCUGAUUUGAAGCCUAAUGGAGUCACUGUAAUAAGCGUAUUGCAGGCUUGUGGACAAUCAAGUGAUCUUGUUUUCGGGAUGGAAGUUCACAAGAAGAUGAUUGAGAAUCAUAUUCAGAUGGAUUUAUCCUUGUGUAAUGCUGUGAUUGGGUUUUAUGCUAAAUGUGGUAGCUUGGAUUAUGCAAGAGCAUUGUUUGAUGAAAUGAAUGAGAAAGACUCUGUUACGCAUGGGGCUAUCAUUUCAGGUUAUAUGGCUCAUGGUCUUGUCAAUGAAGCAAUGGCUUUAUUUAGUGAGAUGGAAAACAUUGGUUUGAGUACUUGGAAUGCUGUGAUUUCGGGUCUUAUGCAGAACAAUCAUCAUGAGGAGGUUAUAAGCUCAUUUAGGGAGAUGAUAAGAUGUGGCUCUAGGCCAAACACAGUGACUCUUUCGAGCCUUCUUCCUUCUUUGACAUAUAGUUCAAAUCUGAAAGGGGGUAAGGAAAUCCACGCUUUUGCUAUCCGUAAUGGUGCUGACAGCAAUAUAUAUGUGACUACCUCCAUCAUAGAUAACUAUGCCAAAUUAGGAUUUUUGCCAGGAGCUCAAAGGGUUUUUGAUAACUGUAAAGAGAGGAGCUUGAUCGUUUGGACUGCAAUUAUAACAGCAUAUGCUGUUCAUGGGGACUCUGAUUCUGCUUGUAGACUGUUUGAACAAAUGCAAUGUCUUGGAACUAAGCCAGACAAUGUCACACUAACAGCUGUUCUUUCAGCUUUUGCGCACUCUGGAGAUUCAGAUAAGGCGCAGGACAUAUUUGAUUCUAUGGUAACAAAGUAUGACAUUGAGCCUGGAGUUGAGCACUAUGCUUGUAUGGUAAGUGUUCUCAGCCGGGCUGGAAAACUUUCGAAUGCAAUGGAGUUCAUUGCUAGGAUGCCAAUCGAACCGAUUGCUAAAGUGUGGGGUGCAUUGUUGAAUGGAGCUUCAGUUCUUGGUGAUGUGGAGAUUGCUAGGUUUGCUUGUGAUCGCUUAUUUGAGAUGGAACCUGAAAAUACAGGGAACUACACUAUCAUGGCGAAUUUGUACACUCAAGCAGGGAGAUGGGAAGAAGCGGAAAAUGUAAGGGAUAAGAUGACCAGAAUUGGAUUGAAGAAAAUCCCUGGAACUAGCUGGAUCGAAACUGAUAAAGGAUUACGUAGUUUCAUUGCGAAAGACAGUUCGUGUGAGAGAAGCGAAGAGAUGUAUGAUGUAAUAGAGGGUUUACUUGAGUCAAUGAGCGACAAAGAGUAUAUCAUGAAACAAGAGCUUGAUGAAACUUAUUGAUCCUUUCUUAAGUAUCUCCUAUGCAUUUUCUUGCCAUGAAGUUCAAAGUUUUUUUUCUAGGGGGCAUCUACAGUAAGUGAUGAUUUGUUCUUUUUGGGGCUUUUUAAAGAGUUGCUAUUUAAUGAUUUUGUUCCCCAUGAUUUUUGUAGUUGUGAUUGAACACACAUGGGGUUGAAUAGUUGAUAGAAGCAGCAAAGCCCAAGCUUCAACUUGAGAGUAAAUGAAGUGAUUUUGAUUGAAAUGGUAGGGUUGCUAAUAAGAAUAAGAACAUCACUUUUUUAUGAUUCA